AUGGCUAGCGAAUCAACUGAAAUUAUUCGUCGGAAGCGCCACAAUUCCCCGUCUGACGAAGCCAAAAACGACGACGAAAACCCUUCGAAACGCCAUAAGAACGGCCACCACCACCACCGGCAUCACAAGCAUCACCGCCAUGAAGACCGACAUCAUAAACGCAGCCAUAAGGAAGAACCAAUCGUCGAGGAUGCGUCUGAACGUGCCGUAGAAUUCGAAGAGAAAAGGAAUAGCGAUUUGGCCGAUUCAGGCUCCUCCGGUCGACCUCCUGCCACUGCAAGUGGUGAAGUUGCUGUGGAGGAAGGAGAAAUUGUUGAAACAGAACGCGGCCAAGCCAGAAGUGGUAGCCGUCUGAAUUCACCGGAACGGUCUAGGGGAAGGUCGCGGUCACAGAGUGUUUACAGAGAGGGUUCAUUGCCAUAUACUUCUAAACGACAUGAUGAAGGUUAUAGCUCAAAGAGAAAGCAUAGGGCUAAUGAUUCAGAUGAUAGCAGGAACCACCACCAUAGACAUGGUUCCAAAGAUUUGCCAAGUGAUCACGAAAGGAAGCAUUCCUCUAGUCGAUCAGAUCGGCAUCACAGUCGAGAAACUGGUAACAGAAACAUAGAAGGAAGCCAGGAUUUGAAUAGAAAAAGGGACAGGGAAAAGAAUAAGGAGCAUGAUGAAAGGAGCAGCAGAGAUAGACAUAGGAAUAGAGUUGAAGAGGAUUUCAGCCAUUCUAAACAUAAUGAUGAUCGGCGAGAUGAUUACAAGGGUAGAAGACAUGAUGCAAUUGAUAGAAACAAAGAUAGGCAUGGAGAAAUUGAUGAUAAGGCUGAUAAGGUUGACAGUUCUAAGGCCAUUGAGUCUGACAAAGAGGGUGAGAAGUCUAAGAGGGAAGCUGAAGAAGAAAAGGAGAAGGCUAAAAGGGAAGAGGAAGAGUAUCAAAAGAGAGUGUUAUUGCAGUUGAAAGAACUGGAAGAAGAGGAGAAUGGCUUUGAGAAAAUAAUGGAGGAAAGUAGGAGGAGGAGGAUGCAAGCUGCUCUCCAAAACCAAAAAACUCAGAAUUUGCAGCAGCAAUCUCAACCUGAACACAAAGUAAAGGAGGAAGUAGAACUGAGUCCCUUGAUUGUUGGUUCUAAAGCUACUGAUGUAGCUGACAUGCCAUCACCAAAUGGAAUUUCUGCUUUUAAGAAACCAUCAGUAGAUAUGUUCUGUGAUGAUAUGUUUGGAGAAUCUCCAGCUGGUGUCCGUGGAAAGGGUGAGGGAGAUGGUCUCGCGAUCGAAGGGAGUGGCCAGCAAGACAAUUGGGAUGAUUCCGAAGGGUAUUAUAGAUAUCGUUUUGGAGAAAUACUUGAUGGUCGCUUUGAGAUCAUUGCUGCGCAUGGGAAAGGAGUGUUUUCUACUGUAGUUCGUGCGAAGGAUCUCAACGCCAAAUUAGGUGAACCUGAAGAAGUAGCUAUCAAAAUCAUCCGAAAUAAUGAGAUAAUGUAUAAAGCUGGUAUGGGAGAGCUGGCUAUAUUGAAUAAAUUGGCAGCUGCUGACCCUGAGAAUCAAUGCCAUUGUGUUCGUCUUCUUUCCAGCUUUAAUUAUCGGAAUCAUCUUUGUUUAGUUUUUGAAUCUCUUCAUAUGGAUCUUCGCGAGCUUUUAAAGAAGUAUGGUCGCAAUAUUGGACUUAAAUUAACAGCUGUAAGGGCUUAUGCGAGACAGCUCUUCCUAGCAUUGAAGCAUAUAAAGAACUGCGGUGUGCUUCACUGUGACAUUAAGCCUGAUAACAUGCUGGUGAAUGAAGCAAACAAUGUAUUGAAGCUUUCCGACUUUGGCAGCGCAAUGUUUGUUGGAAAAAAUGAACCUGCCCCAUAUCUAGUGAGCCGUUUCUAUCGCGCCCCAGAAAUAAUUAUAGGAUUGGCUUAUGAUCAUCCCUUGGAUGUGUGGUCGGUUGGUUGCUGCUUGUUUGAGAUUUUUACCGGGAAAGUUCUCUUUCCUGGUGCUACAAAUAGCGAUAUGCUUCGACUUCAGAUGGAACUUAAAGGUUUAUUUCCAAAGAAGAUGGUUCAAAAGGGUAAAUUUAAGGACCAAUAUUUUGAUGAGAAUCUGAAUUAUCUAGCCGUAGAGGAAGACCCUGUGACAAAGCAGGCUUUGAUCAGGAAAGCGAUUAUAAAUGUUAAGCCAAAAGGUUUCGGAACUCUGAUAGAGGGCUCUCCGGGUGAUGAUCGAAAGAUGUUAGCCAAUUUUAAAGAUCUUCUUGAAAAGAUUUUCAUCUUGGACCCUGAUAAAAGAAUUACAGUGUCACAAGCAUUGAGUCAUCCAUUCAUCACUGCAGGCAAGUGAACACUGGUGCUGAUUUUUAUAGUACUGCAAUGCAAUUGGACCAGAUCUUGUUAAUUAUGAUAUGAUACCGUUUUAUAUUUGACCACCGAACAUUAAUUUCUCUCUUCUCUGUGAUGGCUAUGAGAGCUUUAUGGACAGAGCUUUGGAAGACAAUGGAGCGGAGUGGGAGAAGCAUCGUACUUGCAUUGAAGAUCUAGUUUCUUCAUUCUUCGGCUUUGUAGGAUUUCCUUAAAGCUGAACCAGGCAGAUGUACCUGUGCUUUAUUUCUUUUGUAUGCCAUGUCCACCAGAAUGAUGUCAAGGUAAUUUGGAAUUGAAUUAAUUUCUGUUACUUGUAUCUCUAGCUAUUUCAUUUGUUCAACUUUUCAGGUCUGCUGGGUUCAUAUUCAUCCAUCUCGAAAGCGCACCUGUUUGGUAGGAUUAAUUUUGUAUUCAUUUCCAUUAGUUGAAUAACUUUUUCUUGGUAAAUGAAAUACACAAAUUAUGCUUAUAUUGUUCAAAUUGCUUACUUUGUUAAUAACAUUAGCCUUUUCUAUUCUCUGAUCAAGAGUUUCAUAUAAGAUGCUAUCAAAAAGACACUGAUCCUUGUUGUCCUGCCAACCACGACCGUAAUGUCAGCAGCAGAGUAAGAGGAUUGCGGUGCUGCAUGUUCCUACCGUGUGAUAAUUACAACCUAGCAUGUUAGGAAUCUUUAAAUAACCUGAAACACUUCAAGCUGAGCAGCUUCCGUUUAGUAAAUCACACGAGGCAUAAAUGCAAAAUACCAGGUACUUUGUAACUUGAAAUUACAUGCAAGAAAAUUUGUUGUCUCGGCAUUCGUUGUGCAUUAGCAGCACUUAAAUGAAAAUCUGAAAAUUUCUUUGUGCAAAUCCUGCCAUUCUGGAAGGAGGAACUUUAUG